AUGGGUGAUACGAAUGGACAAGUAGUAGCUGGUGGGAAGGGACGAGGAGAUCGACUGGAUCAACCAACCGAUGUGCUGAUCGACAAAGAGACUGAUAGUCUCAUUAUCUGUGAUCAAGACAAUCGACGAGUCGUACGAUGGCCUCGUCGCAGUGGCACAACUCAAGGAGAAAUCCUCAUCGACAACAUCGACCCUUGGGGAUUGGCCAUGGAUGAUCAGAAAUAUCUCUACAUCUCUGACUACAAGAAACAUGAAGUAAGACGAUAUCAAAUAGGAGACACGAAUGGAACUCUCGUGGCUGGUGGCAAUGGCAAAGGUGCUGAUCGCAAUCAACUCAACCGUCCGAGCUACAUCUUUGUCGAUCAAGAACAGACUGUGUACGUGUCAAACAACGGAAAUCAUCAUGUGAUGAAAUGGAAUAAGGGUGCAACAGAAGGAAUUGUCGUCGCUGGAGGUCAAGGCCAAGGGAAUGCUCUGACACAAUUGUCGCAUCCUACAGGACUGUUCGUCGAUACCUUGGGUACCAUCUAUGUGGCAGACUCGGGGAAUCACCGAGUGAUGCGUUGGCCUAAAGAAGAGAAACAAGGCACUGUCAUUGUGGGUGGAAAUGGUUGGGGAGAAGGAGCAAAUCAGCUCAAAUGUCCCCGUGGUCUGUCCUUCGAUCGACAAGGCAAUCUCUAUGUCGCCGAUCGGGACAAUGAUCGUGUUCAACGAUUUUCAAUCGAAUGA